AUGCGGCUCUUGCUCGUCAACGAUGACGGACCCCCGUCGUCCGUCUCGCCCUAUUUCGCUCCCUUUGUCGACGCCCUGAACGAGGCUGGCCACACAACCGUCGUCGUGAUCCCUGACCGACCGCUGUCCUGGAUUGGCAAAGCUCACGCGGUCGGCAAAACCCUCACCGCCGCGAGCAGGUGCCCGGCCUCCUUCGCCGACAGGACCUGCGACGUCCCCGGCUGUGACGACGCCGACGACCGCACCCACCGCUGGCUUGUCGUCGACGGCCUCCCCGCCAGCUGUGCCCAGAUCGGCCUGUUCCAUGCCGGCUUCGAUCCCGCCGACUUCGACCUCGUUGUCUCGGGCCCCAAUCACGGUCCCAACGUGAGCACUGUCUACGCCCUAGGCAGCGGCACCGUCGGCGGCGCCAUGGAGGCUGCGCAGUGCGGAAGGAAGGCCGUGGCCCUCAGCUUCGGCAGCAAGGAUGCGCAGCCUGGUGAAGUUAUCCGCGCCGCCUGCGUCCGCGCCGCCGCGCUCGUGGGCGACCUCGCGCGGGACUGGCACCCGGAUGUCGACGUGUACAGCGUCAACGUGCCCAUGGUCGCCGACAUCGCAGAUCGGCCGGUGAGACUGACCACCACGGCGCGCGGCCGCUGGGUCACGGGGGGCCUGUUCAGCCCCGCGCCCGCCGAUCCUGAGAAGCUGGCGGCCUCACGUGUCUACCAGUUUCGGUGGGCGCCGCAGCUGGCCGACAUCAAGCGCCAGGCCGAGGAGAGCCCCGAGGGCGAGGACCUGUGGGCGUCACUCAAUGGCGUCAUCAGUGUUGCCCCCUUGAAAGCGAGCUUCACGGCUGUCGACGUGCAGAAGUGA